AGUUGACAGUUCCUGGAAAAUCGUCACGGUGAACAUAUCUCAGAGCUUGUGCGGCAUAAAUCCAAAUUUCGGUGAUGCUGCGUGUGUAGACGAAAGUGCGAAACACAUAGUCACGUCAAGCUGAAAGGCGUACUUUUAAGAGUAUGUGAGUGGGAGAAGCUGCACAUUUUGACACAUUUAAAAUAAAAAUAAAAAUCAAAAAUUGUUUAUAUCUAUGAACGCGCGCUGUUCGAAAUUGGUUUGCAGCGCAUGCAUUUCCGGCAAACACAGAAAAAGAGUUUAAAGCAAAAAAAUAGUGGUAAAUAAACAAAAAAAUUGAAUUUAAUAAGCAAGAAAUUGAAGAUUUUCGAAAUUGUGUAAAGUGUGUAGAGAAAAAUAAUAAUAAUAAAAUAAUCGUGUUUGUGGCAAGUUAGCAACAAAUCAACAGUUAUUUAUAAAUAUAACCAGCAAGUAACGUGCAGCGAAUUAUAAAAGUGCUAAAUAAAAAUUGAAGUUUAUGAAAAUAAAAAUGUCACUCUCAACUAAUCUAACAUUUGCCUUUGGAUUAUUCAUGUUCUGCGGAGCGCUGGUGCAUUGCCAUCUCAAUGUUUACCUCAAUCUGCACGAGGUGAUGCGAUUAAUAGGUGUCUCGGCUGAGCUGUAUUACGUGCGCGAUGGUCAGGUCAACGAUUAUGCGCUCAACUUUGCCGUUCCUGUGCCGGCGAACGUCAACGAGAUCUCCUUUACGUGGCAGAGUCUAGCCCAUCAUCCGCUCCCAUAUAGUGUCAACAUUAUUACAUCAGAGCCGUUCGUACUACCACGGCCCAUGUUGAAUAUUUCACGCAUCGGCGAAAUUCCGUUGGAGCCGCAAACUUUCGCCGUCAGUUUGAAAUGCUCUGGCACACGCGACGCUGAAGUUGAGGUUACCAUCGCCAUCGAAAUAAUACUGGACCGAAAGACGAAUAACAUAACAGAUUUGAUGUUCAAACGUAAAAAAAUCUGUCUUGCUGGCCCACAGGACGACGGUCGCCAUGCGAGUAACGGUGGUGGUGUCGGCAAUAUGAACAAACAUAUUAACCAACCGAUAGAGGGUAUUUUGGAAGAAGCUACUGGUGGUCACGUUGCGCAUGAAAACGAAGGGAUUAAGGUCGGUGCGGAUGGUAUCAGCCGGCAUGCGACUAGUAGCGAUGAACAGCGCACGACGGAUGAAAAUGUGUUGGGCGGCGGUCGACUCAGCGGUCCAGGUACUAUUUUGCAUGAUUUCGAUCCAAUGCUAAAGGAGACACUUGCGCCACCAACCAGCGGUGUAACAACACUCAUAAUAGGCGGUAUACUGGCACUGAUACUGGUUGUUACACUAAUUGUUAUUGCUUACUGCGCCAAGGGUCCGACGAAGCGACAAAAUCACGGUGUACAUCUCAUUAAAACCUCAAGCUUUCAACGCCUACCAACCAUAUCGUCGACUGCACACAAUUCUAUCUAUGUGUGUCCCUCAGUUAUCACGCCUACAUAUGCGACACUCACACGCCCAUUCCGAGAGUACGAACAUGAACCGGAGGAGUUCAAUCGCCGUCUUAACGAAUUGACGGUACAAAAGUGUCGUGUACGGCUUUCUUGCUUGGUGCAAGAGGGCACGUAUGGACGCAUCUAUAAGGGUACUUACAACGAUUGCCAAGAGGUACUGGUUAAAACUGUCGCCCAACAUGCCAGUCAAAUGCAAGUGUCACUUUUGCUGCAGGAAGGUAUGAUGCUAUACGAUGCGGCACAUCCCAAUGUACUAUCGGUCUUAGGCGUUACAAUCGAGGACUUCACCACCCCAUUUGUGCUCUAUCCAGCGGGCAACAAUACCCGAAAUUUGAAGUUAUUCUUACAGGAGCCAGCAUAUGCGCGUAGCGUUACCACCAUCCAGACAGUGCUGAUGUCCUCGCAGCUGGCAAUGGCUAUGGAGCACUUACAUAAUCACGGUGUAAUUCAUAAGGAUGUAGCGACCAGGAACUGUGUUAUUGAUGAUCAACUGCGCGUCAAACUUACCGACAGUUCGUUGAGUCGCGAUCUUUUCCCCGCUGAUUAUAACUGCUUGGGUGACGGUGAGAAUCGGCCCAUUAAAUGGAUGUCACUUGAGACCAUACAAAAGAAGCACUACAACGAGGGCAGCGAUGUGUGGUCGUUCGGCGUGCUAAUGUGGGAGAUGUGCACACUGGGUAAACUGCCUUACGCCGAGAUAGAUCCAUACGAAAUGGAGCAUUACUUGAAGGAUGGCUAUCGCCUGGCACAACCCUACAACUGUCCAGAUGAAUUAUUUACCAUUAUGGCCUACUGCUGGGCAGUACUACCGACGGAGCGUCCCUCAUUUAGCCAAUUGCAAAUAUGCCUUUCGGAAUUCCACACGCAAAUCACAAGAUAUGUUUAAGGUUUCGAAGCGACUUGGAAUCGGUAGUUGUCCGAACCAUGGCUCGUAUGGUAAAAAUGGCGCUGUUGUACAUAAGUAAGAGUAGUGCAGUGAGUAGUGUUCUGCAGUUGAACCCAAUUAGACUUAAAAACCCAAAGACAGAUAAUUAAGUGGCAAGUAGGUAUAUUCUUAUAUACAUACAUAUGUAUGUUGAUGUAUACAGCAAAAGUUGAUUAUAUACAUAUAAUGUGCAUAUGUUUGUGUCGAUGUGUAUAAAAAGUAGGUGAUAAGAGAAGACAGAAAGCUUUUUAAUACCUUAUGUUUCAUUAAGUUAAGCUAUAAAAUAUUAUUAAUGUUUUAUCGAAAUACGUAAAAAAUGAUUAUUAGAGUAGAGAAAUCGAACGUGUUAUUAACGAAUGGCAACUCAAAAGUGCCAAAUAUGAGUUUCAUGCGACAGUCAGUAGAAUUGUUCGUCCCACAAGCUGUAGUGUAAUAAGCUUUAAACAAAUGAAGUGUAGAAAAAAAUGUUGAAUAUAUGACCCUUGUAACUCAUGGUCCCCGACACGUUUUUGAGCCUUCAAUAAACACUUAAUUAUAAGUAGUAUUUACCUAUGUAUAUAUGUAUGUAUGUAAGUACUUAUGUGGGUGUCCGUGUUUAAGCCUUUGAUGUAAAUGUAAAUGUUGCUAGGUAAUGACAGUUUAAUAUCUCUAAGCUCGUAAGCUCAUAAUUCUUAAGUGCAUAAUUAGUAUAUGAAAUGAAUGUGCACACACCUAACUGUAAUCCAUAUAGUCUAGACGUGCAUAUCCAUAUGCACAUUUACAGGUAUAUUUAGUUACUGUUCACCCCUCCACUCAGGUCUAGUUCUUAUCCCGUAUAUUGUAUACAUAUUUACAUAUAUAUUUCUUAAGUUUUCAACAUUUUACACUAUCGUUUCCUACUAUAAGCGAGUUUCCAACCUGUAGUAGCUAAUCUAAACUUUAACUGAAACGAAAUAAACGUCCAAAAAUCGAA